AUGCUAACUCACCAGCGAAAUCAGUAUCAUCAAAUAGUUGUCAAAAGUGGAAAAAACUUUUUAACAACUUUUUACAAACCUGAACCUAAUAUUAUCAACCAAAUAAGUAGCCAAAGAAUGACACAAGUUAAUGAAAAUAGGGAACGAUUACGACCUAUUGUAAAAACGAUAAUUUUUUGUUGUCAUCAAAAUAUAUCUUUAUGUGGCCAUCGCGACGAUGGCAAUUUGUUGGAUGUGGUAGCAGGUAAUAACAGCAUGGUAGCUGACGAAGGAAAUUUUAGAGCAUUCUUGAAAUUCCGUAUAGAAUCUGGUAACAAAGCAUUGCAACAUCAUUUAGAGAUUUGUAAGUCGAAUGCAACAUACAUUAGCAAAACUGUGCAAAAAGAGUUGAUUGAUGUUUGCAAAGAAAUUAUUCAGGAAAAUAUUUUACAGAAUGUGAAGGCUGCUAAAUACUUUUCAAUUUUAUUCGAUGAAACAACAGACCUAUCACAUAUCUCGCAGCUAAGCCUUUCAUUUAGAUAUCUUUAUAAUGGCACUAUAAAGGAAGAUUUUGUGACUUUCUGUAAUGUUCAUGAUAUGCUUAAAUGCGAUGAUAAUGAUACAGGUGAUGUGGAGCCUCGGGUGACUAGCGAACUCUCUGUAUAA